AUGUUUGUCACAGCACAACCUUUGACCUCCCUCCCACGGAAGUCACCCCUGCAACCAUCCCCUGCUACCAAAACCUUGCUAUUUAUACCCAAUACACUUGAAUAUGAGAAUAUUGUGGGAGGCAGUGUCAAAAGCCUUGCUCUACUUCAAGUUACAAUUUCACUUAGCAAAGUUGAGCUCAGUGUGGGUGAAUCCAAAUUCUUUACAUGCACAGCUGUUGGUGAGCCUGACAACAUAGAUUGGUACAAUCCACAAGGAGAGAAGAUUGUUUCUAGUCAAAGAGUGGUUGUUCAGAGAGAAGGUGUUCGAUCACGUCUAACCAUUUAUAAUGCAGAUAUAGAAGAUGCUGGUAUAUAUCGGUGUCAAGCAACAGAUGCUAAAGGACAAACUCAAGAAGCUACUGUUGUUUUGGAAAUUUAUCAAAAGCUCACUUUCCGAGACAUAAUAUCUCCACAAGAGUUCAGGCAGGGAGAAGAUGCAGAAGUUGUUUGCCAUGUUACUAGUUCACCUGCUCCCAUUGUCAGCUGGUUGUAUCGGAAUGAGGAAGUCACAACUAUUGCUGACAAUCGAUUUGCAGUAUUAGCAAACAAUAAUCUCCAAAUUCUUAAUAUCAAUAAAAGUGAUGAAGGAGUAUACAGAUGUGAAGGAAGAGUGGAAGCCAGAGGAGAAAUUGACUUUCGGGACAUAAUUGUUAUUGUGAAUGUUCCCCCUGCAAUUACUCUGCUACAGAAAUCCUUUAAUGCCACUGCAGAUCGAGGAGAGGCAAUAACUUUGUUCUGCAGAGCCACUGGAUCACCUCCACCCGAAAUCAGUUGGUAUAGAAAUGGAAAACUUAUUGAAGAAAAUGAAAAAUAUAUGGUGAGAGGAAGCAAUACAGAACUAACAAUAAGAGAUAUAAAAAAUACUGAUGCGGGUCCUUAUAUCUGUAAUGCUAAAAACAAAGCAGGAAAUGAUAAAAAACAGACAUUCCUUCAAGUUUUUGUACAGCCUCAAAUAAUACAACUUAAAAAUGAAACCACGUUUGAGAAUGGGAAAGCCACCCUCAUCUGUGAAGCAGAAGGAGAACCUAUCCCAGAGAUUACUUGGAAAAGGGCCAUUGAUGGAAUAACUUUCUCUGAAGGUGACAAGAGCCCAGAUGGCCGUAUAGAAGUCAAAGGGCAGCAUGGAAAAUCGUCACUGCAUAUUAAAGAUGUGAAGUUGUCAGAUUCAGGGAGAUAUGACUGUGAAGCUGCAAGUAGAAUUGGUGGGCACCAAAAGAGCAUGUACCUUGAUAUUGAAUAUGCUCCAACAUUUGUGUCAAAUCAAACCAUGUAUUACUCUUGGGAAGGCAAUCCCAUCAAUAUAAGCUGUGAAGUGCUAGCAAAUCCAUCUGCCUCAGUUCAGUGGAGAAGAGGAAAAUUAGUUUUACCAGUAAAAAAUACAACACAUCUGAAGACGUACAGUACAGGAAGAAAGCUGAUUCUAGAGAUUGCUCCCACAUCUGACAGUGAUUUUGGACGGUAUAAUUGUACAGCCGCAAACAGAAUAGGAACAAGAUAUCAGGAGUAUACACUUGGUCAAGCUGAUGUGCCAUCAAAUCCUUAUGGAGUACGAGUUUUAGAGCUGUCACAAACCUCUGCCAAAGUUUUGUUCAAUAAGCCAGAUUCACAUGGAGGGGUGCCCAUUCAUCAUUACCAAGUGGACGUAAAAGAGAUAGCUUCAGAAACCUGGAAAAUAGUUCGCUCCCAUGGAGUUCAAACAAUGGUUGUUCUCAGCAAUUUGGAACCAAAUACGACAUAUGAAAUCAAAGUAGCUGCUGUAAAUGGAAAAGGGCAAGGAGAGUAUAGCAAAAUCGAGAUCUUUCAGACCUUACCUGUCCGGGAGCCAAGCCCCCCUUCAAUUCAUGGACAACCAGGAAGUGGCAAGAGUUUUAAACUUAGCAUAACUAAACAAGAUGAUGGAGGUGCCCCCAUUUUGGAAUAUAUUGUCAAAUACAGAAGUAAAGAUAAGGAAGACCAGUGGCUAGAGAAAAAAGUGCAGGGUAGUAAAGACCACAUCAUCUUAGAGCAUCUUCAGUGGACCAUGGGUUACGAAGUACAAAUUACAGCUGCCAACAGACUGGGUUAUUCUGAACCAACAUUGUAUGAAUUCAGCAUGCCACCAAAGCCCAACAUUAUUACAGACACUCUUUUUAAUGGUCUCGGACUUGGUGCUGUCAUUGGCCUGGGAGUGGCAGCCCUUUUGUUAAUCCUGGUUGUGACUGAUGUUAGCUGCUUCUUUGUACGACAAUGUGGAUUGCUAAUGUGCAUCACCAGGAGGAUUUGUGGGAAAAAGAGUGGUUCAAGUGGAAAAAGUAAAGAACUGGAAGAAGGAAAGGCCGCUUACUUGAAAGAUGGAUCAAAAGAGCCAAUAGUGGAAAUGAGAACAGAGGAUGAAAGAAUUACCAGUCAUGAAGAUGGGAGUCCAGUAAAUGAGCCAAAUGAGACAACUCCCCUCACAGAACCGGAGAAGCUGCCACUAAAGGAGGAAAAUGGGAAAGAAGCUUUAAAUCCAGAAACCAUAGAAAUCAAAGUUUCUAAUGACAUCAUCCAGUCAAAAGAAGAUGAUAGCAAAGCAUAA